AUGUCUUUGGAAGCUCAAGAUCCCCUCCCCUCUCCCCCAGGAAUGUCUGAAUCCCAGUCUCUUGAAAAGCCUCCUACCCCCAUGCCCCCCCCUCCUGAAAGGACAUAUCAAUCUCAGAAGGCGCUUUAUGAUGAUGCCCAAGCUUGGGCAAAGGCACACGGUUAUGCCAUCAUCUGCGCGCGCUCUAAUGUCAACGAGCAUGAGCAAAGAUAUACCUAUCAAUGCGACAGAUCAGGGAAAAAUGACUACAAGCUCUUUCUCCACAGAGUCAAUUCAGCAUAA